AUGUUGAGCUCUAUUUACCUCGUCUUCGCGGCGUCUUUGGGCGUGACGCAGGCCCUUCCGGGCGCUCCGUCUACUCAUAAGACCUGUUCGGACCCAUGGGCAAGAGUCUCUCCUGCCAAAGGUGCCGUCGUGGUGGACAACAGUGCCAGUCCGUACCCAGGCUCGUUCUCCACUGUCCAGGCCGGAGUGAAUGCUUUGAACACGACGACCACUACCCCGCAGAAUCUCUUUGUAUUCCCUGGGACCUACGUUGAACAGGUUUAUAUUCCACGUCUUGCAUCCAACUUGACUGUCCAAGGAUAUACCUGUAAUUCUAAGGGAUAUGAGCACAACGAGGCUACGAUUACCUAUAAUCUGGCCCUCAUUAACACCACCAGCGACGACAAGACUGCAACUCUGCGCCAAUGGAACCCCAACACCAAAGUGUAUAAUAUGAACAUUGUGAACACCUUUGGCCAUAUCCCCAAAAACGGUCAAAAUCUUGCCGUCUCUGCAGAGACUACCGGUCAGGGCUACUACGGUUGCCAGCUGAUCGGCUAUCAGGACACUCUCCUCGCAGAGACUGGAUCCCAGCUCUACGCCAAAAGUCUGAUCGUCGGGGCUGUCGACUUCAUUUUUGGCCAAACUGCCUUGGCCUGGUUCGAAAGCAUUGACAUUCGCACCAUUGCUACCGGCUGCAUCACUGCCUCUGGCCGUAGCAGCGCUACCAACCCGUCAUGGUACGUGAUCAGCCGCUCGAGCGUCUCGGGAAUCAACGAUACGAUCCCCGCCGGCACUAACAACCUUGGUCGUCCGUGGGGAUCCUUUGCUCGUGUGGUCUUUCAGGAGACCUACCUAGGCAAUGUUAUUGCUGCGGCAGGCUGGAAGCAAUGGUCGACCAGCACUCCCAAUAUCGGCAACGUUACCUUUUCCGAGUACAACAACUAUGGCCCGGGAUCUGUGCUCGAGGAAGGACCGCGAGCAAAUUUCAGCGAGCAGUUGACUGCGCCCAUUUCAAUUCAGUCUAUUCUCGGCGAGAACUUCAAGAAUGAAUGGUGGAUCGACACCAGCUAUCUUGACCCGAGUGACUUGAAGGUCUCCAAAACCCACACCACCGCUGUGGCAUCCACCUCCACUUCCACUUCCACCGCCACUGUCACGGCCACCACUGCGGUUGCUUCAUCUACCGUGGCCGCUUCAACUACUCCUGCAGCAGCCUUGACUACCACUGUAUCAACCUCUGCCCCUGUCGCAAGCUCAUCUUCAGCUGCUACAUUGACUACAUCCUCCACAACCUCAUCUGUUACUUUAGGCACCCCGUGCGUGUGCACUGCCUACUCUCAGAUCUCAGCUGCUGUCGCCUCGUGCACCAAUAUCGUUUUGUCUAACAUCGCUGCUCCCAAUGGAUCUGCCAUAGACCUCUCAGGACUUCAGGCUGGGACGACCGUGACGUUUGAUGGACUUACGACAUUCGGGUUCACCAAUUCAUCCAGCUUCAACCCCAUGACCGUUAGUGGUGCAGGUAUCACAAUCACUGCCAACCCGGGGGCGGUCAUUGACGGCAAUGGACAAGCAUACUGGGACGGCCUAGGCUCCAACGGAGGUGUACCAAAACCAGACCAUUUCAUCGUUGUCAAGAAGGUGACGGGGAAUUCCGUAAUCAAGAACCUGAACAUCCAGAACUGGCCUGUCCAUCUCUUCACCAUCUCCGGUUGCUCUGAUCUUGUUUUCCAGGAUUUACUCCUGAACAAUACCGCAGGCAAUGCUCCCAACAGCAGGAGUGGCAGCCUAGCUGCUGCGCACAACUCAGACGGUUUCGAUGUCAGCAGCUCAAGCAAUAUCGUGAUUCAGCGCAGUGUUGUCUACAAUCAGGACGACUGUGUGGCGAUUACCAGCGGAAACAACAUGACCGUUUCCAACCUCGAAUGCCACGGUGGUCACGGCCUCUCCAUCGGGUCUGUAGGCUUAAAAUCCAAUAACAACGUGACCAACAUUUUGUUUACCGAUUCAUCUGUCCUUGAUUCGUCAAACGGGUGCCGGAUCAAGACUAACUACAACGCAACUGGUUUUGUCGCCAACAUUACCUACUCCAACAUCGCCCUCCAGGGCAUUUCAACCUAUGGUAUUGAUGUACAACAAGACUACCUUAACGGUGGCCCAACCGGAAACCCCUCUAACGGCGUCCUUAUCGAGAACUUGCUGUUCCAGAACGUGAGCGGAACUGCCACCUCCACUGCACAGGACUAUUACGUCCUCUGUGGAGAUGGGUCUUGUUCCGACAUCACCUUUACCGAUGUUUCCAUUACAGGCGGUUCCGUGGCCAGUAGUUGCAACUACCCGGCUAGUGGCUGCCCAGCCUGA